GUGCAGGACAUCAUGGCAUCAACCCCCUCGCUCGACGUUUCCAAGCACACCAAAUACUUCCUCCGCACCCUCAAGACUUUCCUGCCGACGGCCUACCAGAGCAAUGACAGCAAUCGCAUGUCCCUCGCCUUCUUCAUCCUUAGCGGCUUGGAUUUGCUAGGCACCCUGCACAAAAACACAACCCAAGAGCAGAGGAAAGACUACAUCGACUGGAUCUACAGCAACCAGCACCCCAAGGGCGGCUUCCGCGCCUUCCCUGGUGCAAACCUUGGAGACGCAUCCACCGACGACAACCAACACUGGGACCCCGCGAACCUACCCGCUACCUUCUUUGCCCUGUGUUCGCUGCUCAUUCUGGACGACGACUUGAACAGAGUCAAGAGGAGGGAAUGUUUACAAUGGCUCACGCGACUCCAAAGACCCGAUGGUAGUUUUGGUGAAACGCUUGUCAAGGACACCAUCAACGGUGGCACAGACUCGAGAUUCGGAUACUGUGCCACAGGUGUACGCUACAUCCUACGAGGAACCUAUCAGGNNGGUGAAAUAGAGGGCUGUCCAGACAUCGACGUCGAAAGCUUCGUGUCGUGUAUACGCACUUCCGAGGUGAAUACAUACGAGAACCACGUCAUUCUGCCCAUGCUAACAUUGAGUGCCAACCCAGNNACAUACGACGGCGGCAUUUCAGACGCACCCUUCCAUGAAGCCCACGCCGGCUUCACCUACUGCGCUAUCGGUGCUCUCAGCAACAUAGACCGUCUCCCGUCACAACCCUAUUCCGCCGUCUCCACCGCUUCCUCGCCAGAAGCCUCCCUCACCAACCCCUCGCUACUUAUAAAAUGGCUGGUCUCGCGCCAGACCGCAACUAUAAGCGAAGAUGACGAACUAGACACCUACGGUGAUGAAACAGACACACCGGAGACCUGUCACGAUGCCCACAGCUUCGUCUACCAAGACAAGUUCGUGAGCAAACAAGGGAAAAUGAACUAUGAAGGCCGACCGAGCGUCCACUUCAGUUUGGAGUGGACAGGCUUCAACGGCCGCUGCAAUAAGAUCGCAGAUACUUGCUAUGCCUUCUGGGUACACGGCUCACUAUGCGUACNNAUACUCAACCAACCCCAACUUCCUAACGUAGAAUCAGCUCGCCGUUGGCUGCUCGAAAGGACAGUCCAUCCACAACUUGGCGGAUUCGGCAAGGUCGCUGGCGAUUUGCCGGAUGUCUAUCACUCAUAUCUUGGUCUUGCCACGUUGAGUCUGUUUGGCGAAGAGGAACUAAAACCUCUGGAUCCAGGGUUGUGUAUCAGUAAAGAAGCUAAAGGCAGACUCAAGGGUAUUUGGAAGCGAUGGGGCAUUGAACAAUGA